GAUACGUUUCAAUAGACAGUUGAAUGUUUACAAGGUUAGUAGGAUUGUGAAUUCCGUCACGGUUACAUCGAAGUGAAAAAUCAAGGAAGCUGAUUUCAACAGAAUACAUUGUUCUUAGAUGGUUCUGCUGCUGAAAGUCCUUAAGUUGCAGUUGAAAUUUCAAACACAAAAUGGAUCGUUGGGAGGGCAAAGUUGCUAUAGUAACAGGAGCCAGUGCGGGAAUUGGGGCGGCUAUCUCGAAAUCUCUCGUUGAGGCCGGUGUACACGUUGUCGGUAUAGCACGCCGGGUUGAAAAAAUCGAAGAUUUAUCCAAGACAUUGUGUGACCAACCUGGAAAGCUUUACCCCCUCAGAUGCGACAUCACAAAAGAAGAGGACAUCCUCAAAGCUUUUCGUUGGAUAACGGAGAAUGUCGGACCUAUUCAUAUCCUCGUGAACAAUGCUGGUCUUACACGUCCAACUAGUUUAGUGGAUGGAGCAUCCGAAGAUUGGCGUCGAAUAUUCGAGAUAAACGUGAUGGCCCUUUGUAUCUGCAAUCGUGAAGCCAUCAAGAUCAUGAGAAAUCACAAUAUCGCCGGUCAUAUCAUCCUCAUGAACAGCAUAGCCGGCCACUAUGUUCCCAACAUGCCUGUACCAAAUUUAAAUGUAUAUCCUGCUUCUAAGUUUGCUGUUACAGCCCUCACGGAGAGUUUGAGACAAGAAUUGAGAUUUAAUGAGACAGCGAUAAAAGUAACGAGUAUAAGUCCAGGGUUAGUUAAAACAGAAUUCCUAGGCGGUUUACCAGACGAUGCAACGAAGGAAUCUUUGGAAACUAUGCCUAUUCUGAAACCAGAAGACAUCUCUCAGGCUGUUUUAUAUGUCUUAUCUACUGGUCCAACAGUACAUGUUCAAGAACUGACUAUUCGUCCUCUGGGAGAAAUGUUUUGAAGUUACACUACCAAAACGUUAUACCAUCUAAAGUUUCAUUAAUGAAGUGGUCUCAAACUUUCAAGUGAAAGAGUUCAUAUCAUAAAUAAUUUGCAGUAUUGAAUGUGUUCAAUAAUACAAUUUACUAGUUUAUAACAUUUCUCCAGGAAAACACACGUUGACCUAUACUUCCAAGGAAUUACUUAGGUUUCUAGUUAUACCUAGAUAUUUAUCAUUAAACUAAGUUUUCACAAGUUUGGCAUACCACGAAGUGAAUUUUUCUCUUCAAUACACUAUUUCUUAAAACA